AUGGACGACCUCUCGCGAUCUGAGUAUCCGGCUAUGCUGGCCAACUUGCAGCCGAGUCAAGCUGUGCACGCUCUCUCGGAGCGGGUCAAGCGCAUUGCGAGAGUCAACCAAGAAAUUGCAGAUUGGCUACAGGAGCGCCGGAGAGUCGAAGAACAAUAUGUCGCCGGCUUGCGCAAGCUGCUCGUCUUCAAAGUUCCGAGUGCAGCAUCCGAGUUAGGCGUCUUCCAAACGCCAUGGGACAGGAUUCUCCAGUCGGCCGACGCCAUGGCGGCUUCGCACCAGCUAUUCGCCCAGCGCGUCGAGAAGGAUGUCGAGCUCGCCCUUCGCGGGUUCCAGAACAAGAAGGAGAUGCAAAACAUGCAUACCAUAAGUGCCAACUUACAGACAAUGGCCAAGGAGCUCGACGAUGCUGCCGAGAAGUCUGACAAGCUGAGCAAGAAGGGCGGUAAAGCUAAUGCCCAAAAAGUGGACGCCGCGGCGUCGAGGCUCGAGUCGGCCAGCCAGCAAUGGGAGUCGCAGGCGCCGUUUAUCUUCGAGACCCUCCAAGCUCUCGAUGAACAGAGAAUCAACCACCUACGCGAUGUCCUGACCCAGUUCGGAACCCACGAAGUUGACCAGGCCACUCGCACCCAAACAUCGGCCGAGGAGGUGCUAAACACGAUGCUUGAAGUCAAUACGACUCAAGAGAUUCAGAACUUUGCACACCGAACAGUUGCCGGGAAACCAAAAAUCGAGAGGAAGCCCAUGACUCGCCAGUCGAGCGUUGUGGCUGGCCCGAAUCUGCCUGCGCCUAGCAUCUCGGGCCACGACGACGAUGUUAGUGAUCACUCGGGCCACAGGGAUGGGCAUUCAGAAUCGAGAAUACGGAGUCGGUUUGGGACCAUGCUGGGACGCCGGCGGCAAAGUAUACAUGGAGGUUUUGGUCCGCUGUCCCCUCCAAAAAGCCUGGGCUCCUUCACAAGGAACAUUGGAAGCAGCCAUGGCCAGUCGCUAUCCCCAAGAGCUUCCUCCCACAACCUGACCGACUCUCAAAACAGGCUCUCGUCUCUAGCGGAGAGGCCGACAACGGCGGAGCGAAGUGACAGCGUAGCUGAGAAAGAGCAUGCCAAGGGUCCGCACGAGGGGACUAAUGGGUUAAACGGUGGGAAGGCACCAAUUGACGCCUCUCCAGAGCAGCAGUCGUCCAGUCUUCUAAACGGAACCGCCGAGGACAUUUUUGACGCCCCUGCCACUCCUGUGGCACCUUCUCAGCAAAACAAAACGGAGCCCACCAAGGAUUCCGAGGGCUUCACAAUCCCGACCUCAACCCACGACCCUAUCUCUGAAGCUCAAAGGGAAGCUGCGGCUGCGGCCGAAGAGGCGGAUCAGUUCUUCAAAGUCAGCAUCCAGAAGGAGCCGAUAGCUGAAGAAGACCAGGACGCGAAGAAAGCCGCGCUUUCCAAUGUGGCAAACGCCCUCACGCACAUGGGGAUCCCGUCUCGGAAGACAGGGACGGUGAGGGGCAGAAGAGACGUUCGAAACACGAUGUACAUGCCAACUCUUCCCGUGCCCGAAAAUUCCUCCGAAAGCGCGUUCCCGCCUUCUCCAUCCCUGCCAGCUUCGUUUACGCCGAGACCAACCCACUCGGCCACAUUCGCUUCAGAAACCAGCCAUGCUUCUGACACACAGUCAAUCCGGUCUGGAACCUCCUUUGGAGGCGCGUCGUCGUAUGGCGGCGUUGCACGCUUAAAGCACCCGGAUCUGCAGGGCACAGGUUACGGACCUGGUUUGCAGUCUUCCAUCAUAGAAACCGUUUCUGCCUUGUUCCAAGACGGAGUUGUCAAGUCAGCCAAAAUCACCGGCGAAAUCGCACUUGCUUAUAACUCGGACUCGGAUUCCACCCACCAUGGUAUGUCUUAUUCAGACCACGAAACAAUUCGGCUAAAUAAUUUUGUUCGCCUCGAUUCCAUCGGCCCUAAUCGUGUAUUUAUUAGCAACACGUCGGCUUCUGCUGACGAGUUUACUGUCGAUGUGUCCCGUCUGUCUGGGCCUUCGCCCGCCUUCACCUAUCGCGUCCAUGCAGAAGACGAGACUACUCUCGCAUCUCAUUGUCCAAUUGCCAUUCAGACCACCUGGAAGCUCCAGGGAGAUAAACUUGGCCUACUCCUGCAAUACCGCCUGAAUCCAAACUCUUCACUUCCUCGGCCAACAACGCUGUCUAAUGUGGCGUUUGUAGCAACAUAUGAGGGGGCACGGGCCAGUGGUGCCCAGACCAAGCCGUCCGGGACUCACCUCAAGGAGAAGCAUCUUAUCUAUUGGCGUCUGGGCGAUAUUACCUUGUCCGACGACUGGUCCAAGAUCAUAUGUCGCAUUGUUGGUGAGCAGAACGCCGAGCCCCAGCCUGGGCACAUCGAAGUGCGCUGGGACUACACCCCGCCUACCAGGGCCGUUGAAGGAGGCGACCAAAUCGGCGGCGGCAUCUCCGUGUCGCGACUGGUGGAUGGCAAGGGCAAGGAGAAGUCAGGAGAUGAUCUGAGCGGUGCUGACGCCGACGAGGAGGAUCCCUUUGCAGACGACAAAGGUGGCCCCUUGUCUCCUGCCCUUGCCAAGGAUACCCGCACAUGGGUGGACGUGCCCUUGGCCAAGAGGCUGGUGAGUGGGAAGUAUGAGGCUAAAUAG